GCGGACACUCUCGUGAGUCCUCUUCUCUCUCCCUCUCCCUCUCUCUCAAUAAACGACCGUCAUCCGACGAUCCGCGAGCUCCACCUUGCGCCGUCUACAAAGUCAGUCGUUUCUUGCGAGAUUUCAUUGCGUUUGUCCUCGUGCUAAUUUCGGUGUCCUCUCGAGCGUUUUUGGCCCAUCCUCUCGCAUAAAUCGUCGGUUUCUCUACGUGUCUGCAUUCGCGCGCUCUCGCUCUCGCUCUCGCUUGCUUUCUGAGAAGAAAAGAAGGAAAGAUUUUGAAGACAUGACUACUCUUCAGGAUACCGUUAAGGACAAUCAUAGUAGAGAGGAGCUCAUGAAAUUAUGGGAGGAGCAUGACAAUUUCUUCGGAAAAGGAAUCCCCCCAGGCGUGCAGGAGAUUCUAAAUAAUGCUUUCUCUAAGGUGCCAGUUUCAUCGUUUCCGGACCUUCCUUCGGGAGAAGUUGUUGAAGUUUCUGCCGAUGACUCCAUCGCGGAUACAGUCAAAAUUUUGUCCAAGAACCACAUCAUGUCUGCACCUGUGAGGAACCCAAAUGCGGAUAGUAAUGAUCCAUGGUCUACUCGAUAUAUUGGUAUGGUGGAUUACCCCGCCGUGGUUCUCUGGGUACUGGAGCAAGCCGAACUCGCAGCGACGGCACUGGCUGCUGGAACUGCAGCUGCUGUCGGAGUUGGUGCUGGUGCAGCCGGAGCACUAGGGGCACUUGUACUGGGCAUGACUGGCCCAGCUGCCAUUGCAGGAUUAGCAGCAGCAGCUGUGGGAGCUGCCAUUGCAGGUGGAGUGGCAGCAGAGAAAGGGGUUGGGAAAGAUGCUCAAACAGCUGCCAACGCUCUUGGCGAAGAUUUUUACAAAGUUAUUCUAGAAGAGGAGCCAUUCAAAUCGAUAACGGUGGAAGAAAUUACCAAUUCAUACCGCUGGGCCCCGUUUCUCCCUAUUCAACCGGAUGACUCGAUGCUAACUGUCCUUCUGCUCCUAUCCAAGUUCAGACUCAGAAGCAUACCUAUCGUCGAAGCUGAUAAACCGCGUGUGGAGAACGUUAUCACGCAGUCAGCAGUUGUCAGAGGUCUUGCUCAAUGUCACGGUCGUGAUUGGUUUGACUGCAUUGCAAACAAGACUCUUGCGCAGCUGGGACUUCCAAAAAUGUCUGCAGAUCAGGUGGUCUACGUGGAAGGUGAUAAGCUCAUUUUGGAAGCUUUUAUAUUAAUGAGAGAGUCAGGAGUAGGAGGUUUACCUGUGGUUGAAGGUGCUGAGCGGAAAGUAGUCGGGAGUAUCACAGUUCGAGACGUGCGGUAUCUACUAUUGAAGCCUCAAAUUUUUGCGCGACGCAAAGAGUUGACUGUCAUGGACUUCAUGAAUAUCGCGGACUCCUUGGGCAAGCAAGACGACAAUACUGCAAAGUUCUUUCCGCCUCUCACAUGCAAAACAUCUGCUACCUUGAUCGAGGUUAUCAAUUCGCUGGCUAGAGAAAAUGCCCACCGUAUUUACCUGGUUGACGAUGGAUCAAGUAUUUCAGGUGUAAUCAGUAUCCGGGAUAUUAUCUCAUGCUUCGUCAGCGAACCAGAAGGAUACUUUGAGAAAUAUUUUGGAGGCGCAUUUCAGGAUGCUAUCGAAGCAAAGAAGUGAAUGUGUUUCAUAGUCUCCUCCGGAAUAAAGGUCGGUUGUAAAGCACUUCCUCGUUGUGCAUAGGCUUGUAUAGUCUUAGAAAGUGGUUUAUUCUGCACCAAAUUUGACCGCCAUUGCGGAAGGCAUUUUUGUCCAAACAUACGACCGAUUAUGAGAGCCCAUUUGUGUCAAUAUUGGCUCCUGACGUUUUCCCGAACGUUUCGGGCCCUCGACAAUGGGUAUAGAAGGAUUGCACAUGCCAGCAUGUAGCGGAAGGUAGACUUGUCCUUGAUAGAAAAGGCUUUGAUACGUUAGUUCCUUGAUGGUAACAUUCACAGCAAUGCAUCAUGGCCUACCGCAGAUACAAAGCAGAUUGUCUGCAGUGUAGAUUUUCCGAUGACAUUCACACCAGCAAUUGAUUUCAAAAAUAAAUUGCGAGAGAACGAAACAGAUUUCAGGUACAUUGUAAAUUCAUACAAAAAACUAAAAGUUUCAUUCACUCAUGAUAAUUGGGAGAUGACUACUUUUCCUUCUUGAAAAGUCUGAAAGACCUCCCAUGUGUACGCUUUGUUUGCC